CCUCCACCUCCUCCCUUCCGAGAGUUGGCCUAUUCAGGUCGCUGCUGGCACCCUUGUGAAAGGAAGGUAAGCACCCGUGACCUCGCAGUUUAUGGACUCUGGUCCCGUCAUGCAGUCUUGACGUAGACCCGAGCUUCGCCGUUGCUGAAUGUCCGUAACACAAUCACACAAAUCUCCGAAUCCACCCUGAAAAUGGCUGAGCGAGGGAAUCUGUCGCCUUAUUCCUCACGGAGUGUGUCACCAGAGAGGUACGACCCGUUCGAUCCGCCGCUGGACCCCAUCGAAAUGUCGAACCAGAUCCACCUAUCCGACGAACAUCAGAGGGAUCGUUCACCGGGAGAGAUAUCACUGUCAAGCCUACCAGCAGGCUCAUACUUUCCCGGAUCGCGGGACGAUGGGGCAAGCGGUCAAUAUGCGGCGCUGCCACGUCGAGCACCAACGACGCACACUUCGGCGGGAACCUCUUCUCUCAACUCAAUGUUUUCUGGGCUAUACCCAUACAAAACACACGAUGCAGAUACACAGGCUUUAGUGGACAGAAGGGCUGGAGAAUUGGCACAAUGGCAGGUGCACUGGUCAACACCGGCAAUCAUACUCGCACUGUUUGUGGCCGGCCUAAUAGGCGCACUCGGACACCAUUUUUUCUACGUACACCUGGAUGGCAAGCCUGCAGAGGCUCAACUUAGGAUGAUAAGAUAUGGAACAGCCCUUGCAUUCUUUGUUAAAAGUACUCUUGUAGGCACCGUUAUUCUAUGCUACAGGCAGAGAAUAUGGACCACCUUUCGAAAUAAAACCAUGACGAUAAAAGCCAUCGAUGGCUUAUUCUCUGCGACAGAGGACCCCACGCAAUUUAUUGUCUGGGAAAUGGUACGAAAUGCGAAGCUUGCCACGGUGAUGGCCAUUUGCAGCUGGCUCAUUCCCAUAGCCAGUGUCCUCUCUCCAGCAUCGCUAACAUCGGAACCCCGGACGAUGUACAAUCAUACACAAUGUCCCGCUGUCGCCUCGCUCAAUUUCACGCACGAAUCGUCUUUCAAUUUUAGAAACGAAAGUAACUUCCCCGGGUCUUCAAUUAUAUACUAUAAUACUACGGAUACUACUGGGAAAAUGCCAGGAUUCUUCGACUAUUACGAUCAGCCGUCAAAGAAUGCUAGGAGAUUAACCGUCACGAGUGUCUAUCUCAAGAAGCCCGCAACAUACCCCAAUGCCUCAAUCGACUCCUGUGGCGAGGGAUGGAACUGCGAGUACUCCAUCUCUUUCCAAGGACCUGGAUACAAAUGUGACGAGAUCGCCAAUUCUAGCAACCCUAACACCCAAGAGAUUAUUGCAGGAGGAGCGCCAUUUAACAUUAGCACGCUCGCUCCGAAAGGAGAAUUUCUCUACUACAGCUCCGUCGACAUUGGGGAUUAUGCAUCGCCACAAGUUGACACAAAGGACGAUGGCACCCCAGCUCAGGGGCCUCCCUACCCAGACAGCUUGGGAGUAUUUGAAAGCGAACCGGUGCUCUGGAUCGGAUACGCCAGAAAUACUUCAACGCCUUACGACCGAUCAACCGAACUGGGCAAGAAAUGGGGCAACGUUCAUGAAGCCUCGAUUCUCAAGUGCGUCGCUCACCACACCAAAUACACUUUCGAUAUACAAUUCAACGAAACAAUCCAAAGCGCGACUCGCAAAUCACGAAAUUUCAUAGCUCCCAUCGUCGAUACAAUGGUAAACGCAGAGAACAGAAGUGACGUAGUAGCAAGUCCAAGUUCCAAUUAUGUACGACCAAAUACGGAUGUUGGGAAGUACAAAUUGACUGCUGCGUACCAUGCGAUGGGCUCUCUCCUGCGCAACUUCCUCCGUGGAUCAAUCGCUUAUACCCCUCCGUACUAUGUGACAAAAUCAGAUAUCUCCGAAUCUCGACUUGUGGAGGCGGGUACAUCGUACCCGCUACACAAUCUAAUGGAGGGAAUCUCCUCGGUCUAUGAGGACAUGAUCAUUACAUUGCUUAGCGAAUCACAUCUUGUCAUCGCGCAGACAGAAAGCGUUCCUUGCAUAAAGUCGAAAACUAUGAAUGUCUACAUCUAUCACCGAGAAGGCCUUUGGGUUGGGUACGCAAUUGUUGUCGCGGUCGCUUUUGUCUCCAUAAUCGUUGGCGCCUGGUCCAUUUUUCAAAACGGUGUGGCUUCCGAUACGCAGUUUUCUCGUAUUAUGGUCACGACGCGGAAUCCGACAAUUGACAGAUUGAGCGUUGGGGCUUGUCUUGGAGGUGACCCUUUUCCGAAAGAGCUUAGGGAGACGAAGUUGCGAUUUGGUGUGUUGUUGGAAGAUGAUCACAGGGAGGGACCAUUUGGGAACGUCGAGCAUUGCUGUUUUGGAGCUGCGGGCGAGACCAAGGAUAUUGUCAAAUACGGGACGUAUGCUGGUUUGAGAAAAUGGAGAAAAGUUGAUGAAGAGGAGGCUGGCGAUGUUCUUGAGAAAGGGCACCUGCUCGGUGAGGCCGACACACAUACAUGAGCCUCCGAUCCGGUUCUGCAAUAUACUGGGACGAACUAACCGCGACUUCUCUAUAGCAUAUCGGUUUUGUUGGUGGCCGCUACGACGUUACGACUCGACAUGGUAAAUGAAUAGACUCGUCUAUGAACUUCAUUUCAAGGAGUAUAAAACGGGAUGUUUACUAUAGUCUCAUGUGUCGCCGCAUGACUCUAGGACGAUGUUAGUGUUAUAAGGAGCUGAUUUUGGACCGGUGCAUGCUCUUUCGAAACCGCUUCGAGUCUUUGGUGGAAUAUUUCUUUCUAGAUACCCCUUUACAGCUCCC